GCGUGGAGGAAAAUGUCAACGUGCAGCGCAAGAGGAGGAGAAGGCUGGAGCUGAUGAGGGUCGUGUUAUUACGAAGCUUCAGCCUUCGCGUUAGGUGCUCUAAAAUAUCUGAUAUCCGGGGAGGAAAGUUGUAAAGGGGUCGGCUGUCGGCAGUUAGCGGAGCCCGGGGUGUUGAGGAGGCGGGAGAGGUGAGUUCAUUGAGCCCUCCACAGCGAAGCGAAGCGAAGCCCAGCCUCCCUUCCUGCAUGUGAAGCAGAUUGGGCAGAGACGUUCACAAGCCUCGGGCCACUUGUGACCGCCGUUGACCUCCUAUUUCAGGUAGAAACUCUCUGCAACCUUUAGCAACAAUGUAGACUUUUCAACGUCCUGAUGAUGAUGAUGAUGCAGGGCCUUGUAGGGAGGAGGAGCAGCGACUGACUUUCUCCUCAAUUUUAUCACACCCUGCACUCUAUGUCCGUCCCGACUGGGCAGCUAGAGUGCUAUGUCAUCAACCACACCCCCAUCGGCUCAACCCUCUAAGAAGGGACGGAAGCCGGAGAAAUCGGAGGUGAUGGCUGAUUCGGUGCCGGCCACCAAUGAGGAACUGAGGAGCAAGAUCAUGGACCUUCAGAUAGAGCUACAGCAGGAGCGCGGGAAGGUAUGCAAACUCCGCGAGCGGCUCCAGGAGCAGCGGCAGGCUCGCGAACUUGAGCAACACAAGCAUGCCGUAGCACUCACUGACCUGCGUGCCAAACUCCAUGAAGAAAAGCUACGUGAAAUCGCUGCCAUACGGGAGACUCUGGCACGGCAGCAUGAAGCCGAGCUGGCCAGAACAAUCAAGAUCCGGGAUACUGAGGUUCAGAGACUGCAGGGUCUUGUGAAUGCACUGAGAGAUGGAGCUGCUGACAAGCUCAAAAAUGCCCUUCUUGCAGAGGCUAGGGAGGAAGCCAGGAGAGCCUUUGAUGGGGAGAGAAUAAAGCUCCAGCAGGAGAUUCAGGAGCAGAAAAUGGCUCGGAAGCAAGCUGAAGAGGCUCUUGCAAACGCUCUUCAGGCUGAUAAAGCCAAAGCAGCUGAUCUCCGCACAGCCUACCAACAGCACCAGGACGAGGUGCACCGCAUUAAACGUGACUGUGAGAAAGACAUCCGCCGGCUGAUGGAUGAGUUGAAGGCAAAGGACCGGGUGGUGUGCGCUCUGGAGAGGGAGCUGGGGUUACAGGCUGGCUAUGCCCAGAAGCUUCAGCUCCAAAAGGAAGCCCUGGAUGAGCAGCUGGGUCAGGUACGAGAGGCUGAGAGACACAACCAUGGCAGCCCGAAGAGAGAAGUGGUGCCUGGACUAGGAGAAAACCCAGACUUGCUCAACAACCAGUUGUUGUCUUCCUCCUCCUCUUCUCCUCUCCCCACGGCUUCACAGGAGGUGGAUGAGCGUGACAUCAGGAGGUUCCAGUUGAAGAUUGCAGAGCUCCACUCAGUCAUCAGGAAACUGGAGGACAGAAAUGCACUACUGGCCGAUGAGAGGAAUGAACUAUUGAAACGGGUGCGAGAGGCAGAGAGCCAAAUGAAGCCCAUGUUUGAGAAGAAUAAGCGGCUGUCCAAGAAAAAUGAUGACCUCCUGCAAACACUGCAGCGCAUGGAGGAGAAACUCAAGAACCUGAGCCGUGAGAAUGCUGAGAUGAAGGAAAAAGCUUCCUCCUCUCGGCCACCAUCACAGCAGCAGUCCGUUCAGGCCCAGAUGAAGCGACCAAGCUCCCUGACCGACCUGACCCACGCUCAUGAGGAACAGGAAGUAGAAUUCCUCAAGCUGCAAGUUGCUGAGCAACGCGGCAUCAUUGAUGAGCUCACGCAGGAACGUGAUCGAUUGGUGAUGAGCAAAAAGAACAGGAAGAAACCUUUCAAGCUGCCGAAAAGGCAUGUUGUGGAGACAUAUUUUGGAUUUGAUGAGGAGUCGAUAGACUCUGAAACCUCCUCACUGACCUCUUAUAACACUGACCUCACUGACCGCACGCCUGCAACUCCAGAGGAGGACUUGGAAGAGAGCGUUUCCCGUGAGGAGUCAGAGCUUCGUUUUCGUCAGCUCACUAGAGAGUACCAGGCUCUUCAGCGGGCCUACGCUCUCCUGCAGGAGCAGACUGGGGGGUCUCUUGAUGCAGAGAGGGAGGCCAGGACCCGUGAGCAGCUGCAGGUGGAGCUCAGCAGCUGCCAGGCAAAGAUCGUGGAUCUGGAGAAGGCCCUGGCUGAGCGGGGGCAGGUAAUAAAGACAGUGGAUGGGGACAGAAGCUCACUGGUCCUGCUCUCACUGGGCCUCCUGCAUGUCUGUCUGGCUGCUGUGCUCCUUGGCUGGCGCUUUGCUGACCAGGAUUCAAAGUGGGUAGAGGAGAAGCAGUACUUGCUCAGGACCAACCAGGAACUGCGUGAGAAGAUGAGUGCGCUGCAGCAGGCGGAGUCCCGGCUGCAGGCUGAGGUUCAGGAUGCUCGGGACCAAAAUGAGCUGCUGGAAUUCAGAGUCCUUGAACUGGAAGAAAGGGAGCGCAGAUCACCUGCCCUCAAUCUCCACAUGUCUGCGUUCCCUGAGAACAGCAGCAGUGCCCUGCAAGUCUACUGCCACCAGGAGGGAGUCAAGGAUGUAAUCAUUCCUGAACUGAUGAAGAAGCUGGAUAUUCUGGGAGAUAAUGGGAAUCUCAGAAAUGAAGAGCAGGUGGCUGUGAUCCAAGCAGGGACUGUGAUCUCACUCUGUGAAAAGUGGUUGAAGCAGAUAGACAGCACUGAGGCUGCCCUCACGCAGAAGAUGAUCGACUUGGAAAAUGACAAGGAGCUGUUUAGUAAGCAGAAAGGAUUCCUUGAGGAGGAGUUGGACUACAGGAAGCAGGCCUUGGACCAAGCCUACAUGAGGAUCGAGGAGCUGGAGGCCACGCUGUAUAGCGCUCUGCAGCAGGAGCAGCCGGCAUGCCAGGCGGUGGCUGAGUCGCUGACAGACAGGCAGAGGGAGGAGCUGAGGCUAGCCGUGGACAAGCUGCGGCGUCAGAUUCUCCGGCAGAGCCGGCAGUAUGACAGUCAAAUCUUACAGGAGCGCAUGGAGCUCCUACAGCAGGCCCAGCAGAGAAUAAGAGAGCUGGAGGACAGGAUUGACUUGCAAAAGAGACAAAUAAAGGAAAUAGAGGAAAAGUUUUUGUUCCUCUUUUUAUUUUUCUCUUUAGCAUUUAUUCUUUGGCCUUAAUGAAAAUGCCCAUGGACCCACAUCAGGUGUUAAGGUGCUGUGGUGGCAAGCGAAGAUGAGACAAAACCUAAUUGUUUUUUAUGCAUUUGUAGACAGUUCAACUAAACCUUAUGGCCUUUUUGAUAAAUGUGC